AUGGUGUUACUACUCACCGCUGCUCUCUUCUGGCUGGUGACCGCUACUACAGCCCGGACCUGUGAGUGUGAAAAUGUUGCCAUGCGGGGCCGUGCCACCCAGUCCUCUAUAUUCUACAACUUCGAGCUUGGUUACCUCUCCAACGCCAUCAACGCCAUAGACGGGAACCUGAACUCCAACUUCGGAUUCGGAUCAUGUUCCAGCACCAACAACGACUAUUCGGCCUGGUGGAAGGUGGACUUGCUGGAGCCCCAUAAGAUAUCCCACAUAAUAAUCACUAACAGGGGUGACUGCUGCGGAGACUGGCUGAACGGCGGCGAGAUUCUGAUCGGGAACUCCGUAGAAAACAACGGAAAUGACAAUCCAAGGUGCGCGCAGAUUACCUCCACGUCCACCGGCACCACCCAAACCUUCCAGUGUAAAGGGAUGGUCGGACAGUUUGUGAAUAUCAUCUUACCGGCCAAACAGAAAUAUCUCCAGCUGUGUGAAGUGCAGGUCUUCGGGAUUCCCACCGCCGACUUACCUGUGCCGGAUUUAGAGAAAUAAUAAAUACAAAAUGAUCUUAAAAGUAAUGAUAACAA